UCUUGGCGUUCCAACCCGUUGUCAUGGCGGUACACCUUUAAGACCAGCCGCACCAUACAUGGAAAAAGACCUAUACUGAAGGCAGGACUGUCAUGGACAGUCAAAGGAAAAGAUGAAGGUGCCCAACGGUCUUUCCUGUUUGACACCGGUUGUACAGGAGCAAUCCUCAACCAGAGUUUUGUCAGGAAGCAUGGAAUUCCCUUAGUGCGGCGGGAUCAACCUCUGACAAUGUUUGAUGCUCAAGGAGAUGUCAUGAUGGGACGAGGCGAGUAUUACACUCACCCGGUCCGCAUGAUUAUGGGAGAUCAUAAAGAGACGCUCCGAUGGGAAGUGGCUACUUUGGAAGAAGGAAUGACCGGUUACCUGCCAAUUAGUUGGGCUAGGAAGAAUAACCCGGAUAUCAACUGGGAACUCAACACCAUGAGCUGGAGGAGUGACUACUGCAAACAGAAUUGUCUCCCAGCGGCCACCCAGAUUGAACUGAUCUCUCCAUACCAAAUGUUGGAAGAGGAAGAGACAGUCUAUCAAUUGGUUGGUUCAGUAUGGCAUGAUGAGGACGGAGGUGAUAUUGCUGAGAAAAUACACCACCUAUACCGGGAUUGGGCUGAUGUGUUCAGUCAAGAGAAGAUUGAGGAAAUGCCGCCGCAUUCCCAUAAUGAUUUGAAGAUCAAACUCUUGCCUGGCACCGCUCCCCCAUUUGGCCCGCUGUACCCAUGUUCCGCUCCAGAGUUGAAGGCCCUCCGAGAGUACCUGGACAAAGAAUUGUCUUCAGGAAAGAUCUCUAGGUCUAACAGCCCUGCUGCGGCGCCCAUACUGUUUAUUCCUAAGAAGGAUGGGACAUUGCGGAUUUGUGUGGACUAUAGAGGAUUGAACAAGGUCACUGUCAAGGACAAGUACCCGCUGCCUAUCAUGAGUGAGCUCAGGGACAGGUUGUUCAAGGCCAAGAUCUUCACAAAGAUAGACCUGAAGAACGGCUUCAAUUUGAUCAGGAUAGCAGAAGGUGAUGAGUGGAAAACCACUUUCAGAACCCGCUAUGGACUGUAUCAGUAUAAUGUGAUGCCAUUUGGUCUAUGCAAUGCUCCCUCCGCUUUCCAGGCAAUGAUCAAUGAUGUGCUAAAGGAACUACUGGAUGAAGGAGUAGUUGUCUAUAUUGAUGACAUCCUCAUCUACUCGGAGACUGAGAAAGAGCAUGAGCUAUUGGUCAAGAAGGUACUACAGAAGCUUAGGGAAGCUAAGCUCUGUGCCUCGAUCAGUAAGACAUCCUUCCAUGUCCGAGAAGUAGAGUAUCUAGGCUAUCACAUCUCGGAAGAAGGAGUAUCUAUGUCAGAAGAUAAGGUGGAGGCAGUUAAGGAAUGGCCGGUCCCUGAGAAUAUCAAGGCAGUACAGGCAUUCCUCGGAUUCGCAAACUUCUAUCGCCGCUUUAUUGAAGGCUUCAGUAAGGUUUGCAAGCCAUUAACUGACCUCCUGCAAAAAGACAAGAAAUGGUAUUGGACGGCAGUACAUGAGCAGGCCUUUGAAGAACUCAAGAGGCUGUUCACAAGUGCUCCAAUCCUCCUUCAUUUUGACCCUAGUAGGAGAACGGUGGUCGAGACAGAUGCCAGUGAUUUUGCCAAGGGAGCGGUGCUCUCUCAGUAUGGGGACGAUGGGAAGCUACAUCCGGUGGCAUUCUAUUCCAAGAAGUUCUCCCCUGCUGAGAUCAACUAUGACAUUCAUGAUAAGGAAAUGGGAGCUAUUGUAGCCUCUUUCUGGGAAUGGGAACACAUGUGUAACGGAGCCAUUUCAACUGUCUGGUGUAUGAGUACACACAGGGCCCGGUUACAUGCUGAGAGUUAUUGUUAG